AUGGGAAAAGCCGCAGAGGGAGGCUGCAUGUUGAACCUGCUGAAUCUGGCCGCUUUCCUUGUGAACUUGGGCAUCACCUACGGCUCCUUGACUGGGGCCUUCGGCCCAACAAACAGCAGCCUGAGCGCCAAGUACCACACCCUCAUCACGCCAUCAGGAUUUGCUUUCUCCAUCUGGGGCCCCAUCUUCAUUUGGGAGGGCGUCUUCGCUGUGGCGCAAAUGUUCCCGUCCUAUCGUGGGAGCAUGUUGGUGAAAACCAUAACCCCAUGGUGGCUGAGCGCAUGCCUCUUCCAGUGUGCUUGGACUCUCUUCUUCGCGCAGGAGAUCAUGAUUGGGGCCAUGAUUUGCAUGGCAGGCAUCCUGAUCUCACUCAUGGUGGGCAUUUUGCGAUUGGAUUUUCUUGAAGAGAUGUCCACUUCUGAAUAUUGGCUUCUGCGCGCACCCUUCUCGCUCCACUGUGGAUGGAUUGUGGCCGCGACUUCUUUGAACAUCUGCGUGGUUGCAGACUACUACAAGGGUCCUCCGGAAGUGAUGCUGGCACUGGCCAUGGUCUGCUUCGCUGGCAUAUCUGCGAUUGUCACAGUGUUCACCUUCGCGAGCCCCAAAGCCGAUCCCAUCAUCGCGCUUGUGGCCUGUUGGGCAUUGCUUGGAAUGGUCUCGGAGUUGACGAACGCGGAGAAGCUGCGCGAUGCGACUGUGCGCUGGAACUACUUUGACUGGCCGCAGUACGUAAUCAGCGCAGUUCGUAUUGCCGCCUUCCUCCUCAGUCUGCUCUGCAUUGUGGCAGCCACGGUGAACUUGGGCAUCACCUACGGCUCCUUGACUGGGGCCUUUGGCCCAACAAACACCAACCUAAGCGCCAAGUACCACACCCUCAUCACGCCAUCAGGAUUUGCUUUCUCCAUCUGGGGCCCCAUCUUCAUUUGGGAGGGCGUCUUCGCUGUGGCGCAGAUGUUCCCGUCCUAUCGUGGGAGCAUGUUGGUGAAAACCAUAACCCCAUGGUGGCUGAGCGCAUGCCUCUUCCAGUGUGCUUGGACUCUCUUCUUCGCGCAGGAGAUCAUGAUUGGGGCCAUGAUUUGCAUGGCAGGCAUCCUGAUCUCACUCAUGGUGGGCAUUUUGCGAUUGGAUUUUCUUGAAGAGAUGUCCACUUCUGAAUAUUGGCUUCUGCGCGCACCCUUCUCGCUCCACUGUGGAUGGAUUGUGGCCGCGACUUCUUUGAACAUCUGCGUGGUUGCAGACUACUACAAGGGUCCUCCGGAAGUGAUGCUGGCACUGGCCAUGGUCUGCUUCGCUGGCAUAUCUGCGAUUGUCACAGUGUUCACCUUCGCGAGCCCCAAAGCCGAUCCCAUCAUCGCGCUUGUGGCCUGUUGGGCAUUGCUUGGAAUGGUCUCGGAGUUGACGAACGCGGAGAAGCUGCGCGAUGCGACUGUGCGCUGGAACUACUUUGACUGGCCGCAGUACGUAAUCAGCGCAGUUCGUAUUGCCGCCUUCCUCCUCAGUCUGCUCUGCAUUGUGGCAGCCACGGCAUGCAGUGCAGUCACUUUCGCACAAGUCUCCUUGCAGGGAGGCUGUGGCUCAAGUCUAAGUCUAGUUCGCUCUGAGGGCUUCUACAUAUCGCAUAAUAGCAUGGCGACUUCGCACCCCGACGCAGCAAACAAUCGUUUCAGUGGAAUCAAGACUGACACGAACGUCAUCGACAUGUCCGAGAGGUUCAAAGCCGACAAGACAAUACCCCGCGAGUGGGAGUGGGCUGUGAACGGAGUGCGCGAAAAGGGCUACGUCGUACUGAAAAACUUGCUGUCGCGUGAAGAAAUCGCCGAGAUCAGGAGCGCCAUCGAGCCCUUGCUCGGGGAAGGAGGGCGCAACAACUUUGAAGGCUACCAGACUCGGCGUGUGUAUGCAGUGCUGUCGAAGACACGAGCUUUGGACAGCAUGAUCGCUCACCCUGUAGUCAUGGCUUUGCUUGAGCAGUUCUUGAUGCCCAACUUUCUGCUCACUGCUGCGCAAGUCAUAGAUAUUUGCCCUGGAGAGUCUAUACAGCCGCUCCACUAUGAUGACCAGUUCACCCAUGUUCCACGUCCACGAGACCCGUUUUCGAUGGCCACCGUUUGGGCUUUGGACGAUAACUUCACGGCGGAGAAUGGUGCAACCGUCGUCAUCCCGAAAUCUCACAAGUGGGGUGAUGAUCGGAUUCCUGAUCAACAAACGGUAGAAGAGCUCGGCGUUGCAGCAGAGCUUCCCAUUGGCAGCUGUGUUUUUUUCUCAGGCACUCUUUGGCAUGGGGGUGGUGCAAACAAGAGCAAGGACACCAACCGAUGCGCUUUCACAGCGCAAUACUGCCAGCCGUGGGUGCGCCCACAAGAGAACAUGAUGCUGUCGGUGCCUUUCGACCAAGUUGCCAUGCUCCCUCCUGAAAUCCAGGUUAUGGCUGGCUACUCGAUCCACCCUCCCUUCAUCGGCCAUGAUGCCAGCACACCAAGAGUUUUCCAGAAAGUUGGAGGAGGGGCCUUCAUCUAUCGGUUGGGUCCAGAUCGAUGGUGCUUGGGCCCUGAGCUGUAUGGUGAGGAGAUCAUCUGGGCCUGGUUCACCUGUCCCGAGGUGGCGCUGCCAAGCAGUAAUGAACACGCCUGGGAAUCGAAUUAUGGCAGACCAGAGGUCUAUAUCACAAGGUCCAGCAUUUUCAUCAUCCAAGGCGUCGGCCUGCGAGCAGCAGACUUGGAUGACAACUCUAACCCGUAUGUGGUGUGCAAAGUUUCUGGCAAGCCACACCUCGGCUUUCGGACGCAAACGAGGUUCAAGAGCUUGGACCCAGUUUGGCACGAGUGGAUCGAUCUGGAAGGAUUGGAACUCGGUGACACCAUGCACUUCAAGGUUUUCAGUCAGGAGGACAAGAAGGAUGACGCAGUCAGCACGCAGACACCUGCUUUGCCCAAGGAAUUUCUCGGGGAGGCCAAGAUUGUGGUGACGCCUGGUGGACAUGAUGGCGGUGUCAGCUUGAUUCUGCGUGGUCGCAAGGCCAGAUUCCGGCCCCAGGAACUCACCGUGCCGCCUGUCGUGCAGGAAGCGACGGCAACGAAAAAGCAGGUCAUGGCGUUCGACAGUGCCAAUCCUCGGGAGGUGGUGCAUUGCAUGACGUGGGGAACUGUCCACGAGUCCCUUCAAGCCGUCGUCUCGAUGGAGUCGCUUUUGACGUCAGAUGAUGUGCGCUCACGCUUCGUGGCGGCUGGCGCUGUUCAGCCCUUGGUGGCGAUGUUGUCGGAUGUUUCCUUGGACACCAGAUGCAAGGCAGCCAAAGCUCUUGCAAAUCUUGGACGCUGUGCAGUUGGAAAGCGCAUUCUCGUUACCACAGGUGGUGUUCCGGCUGUAAUGAAUCUCGUCACGACAGACGACCCGGAAUGCCAAGAGGCUGCGAUGGCUGUGCUGGUACAUGUGGCGGCUGGAGAGAAGGCUCGUGAAGAACUGAUCGCUGGAGGCGUGCCUCCGUACCUGACAGCCCUGCUGGACAGCUCCUCACCGACAAGCCUUGCCCACGCAGUACGUCUGCUGGGAUAUUUGGCAGCAAAUCAGGCGGUAGCUUCAAUGGUCUUCGAGGGCUUUCUCGGCAAAUUGCUCGCUCUCCUGGACAACGGUUAUCCCGACGAGGUCAAUUUGCCGGCAGCCUUUGCCAUCGCUCAGCUGGCCUCCACUGAUUCAAGGAGGAGGGCACUUGUUGAGGCACACAUCGUGCAAAAGACAUUGCGUUUGCUCAACGAGGGUAGCCACGACUGCAAGGCCGAAGCUGCUGCCGUGCUGGCAUCCCUGGCCGAGACCAAAGACAAGCGCACCUUCAAGAAGAUCACAGGGCACCUGCUAGAUGCCGGAGUUCUCACGCCAAUUCUUGCGAUGUUGAGCUCCAGCCACGAAGCGUGCAGCCAUCGUGCGGAACGAGUCCUUCUCCUCUUCGCUGCGACGGCACGCAGCGCACAGGAGGCGCUGACGGAAGGGAUUCUCCGCCACCUCGUGGAACAGCUUCGGUCACCAAUCACACCCUUGCACGCUCAGCGUGUGGCAAGGGUGCUGCAGGCUUUGGCACGGUUCAAGCGAACAGAAAUGGAACUGGAGCUCUCGCAAGAGAGUGGGCAGGAGCUGCUGUUGGCGGCUUUGCAGGGCGAACAUGACCGGCAUCCGGCACUGCAGAAGGCAGAGCCACCGCGGCCUCCUGCAGGUCAGACAGUGCUCCCGAUCUUAUCCAAGCUGAAGUCAGGAAGGAAGAUGCUGCCCGCGGAGACUAUCAUCCGCACCCCGCGAAAGCUUCCAGCCGGGGUGGCUCCGCUGCCUCCACUGCAUUGUUUCUAUUGA